CAGCCGCCCGCCUUUAAUGCGCUGCGUCGCCCUCCUCCCCAGCACGUCUUCCUAGCCCUUGCAACAAGCAAGCAACAAAUAUCGCAAACCUGCUUUAACCACGUCGCAAACACCACACCAUACCUUUUACUGCAUCGCACGCUGCUUCCACGACACUUUGACUACUUGCGAAUCUACUGAACUCGAUUUUGACUCGAAACCCAAAGACGCUGCCCUAUCGUGGUCGUUGCGCCGCAAAGGACUCUCGUCGCAACCACUCUCCGUCUGCGAGCGACACCAACCACCCGCACCCGGCCCCGACUUCAACAACCACCUCCUGCCACGCGAAUUGUUCGAGAGAACACAAUAGAGAAUUUGAAAGGAGAAGAAGAAAAUAAUUGUCAUUAUGCUUCUCUCACCACCAUUCCAGCCUGCGCUGUCGUAUCCAUUCUGCGCGCGCCCAACAACAACCACAACAACAACAACCACAGCCACGACGCACAACGACGCUUCAGCCGUCCCGCGCUCCGCGACAAGCUCGCUCCUCGCUGCCUCGCGCGCACUACAGGCCAUUACUGGCUCAACACCCGACUCGCACUCGCAGCUGCCAUUCUUCUCGCUGUCGCUGCCCACCACAUCGACUCGGCAACCACUGUCGCCCCCCGCGAGCUUGGAGAGGAAGAUGCGCCUGCGCCGAAGCGCGCGCCUCCAAAGAUGCGAAGACGGCCAAGCCAAGGGGAGGAGGAGCAGAAGAAACUUUGAGACCCCCAUGAGCAGAGACGCUGCGCCAGCGGACGGCAUCCCGUGGGGGAUCAGCCCCGACGCCUACCAGCGUGCCCUGGCGCCUCCGGCCGAGGAUGACCAGAUUAUGGAGGACGAGGUGGAGCAGACGGCGUCUCUAGGAUCAAGGCAAUCCCAAGCCCAAAAACAGCAAGACCAAGAACAAGAUGAGCCAGCAACACCACCGCAGCGACAAACACAACAGCACAGCCCCCUCAUGAAGCUUGUGCUCAACAACAUCCGCACAUCGGCCUCGAGAUCACCACGAUAUCGCGACGGGAAACCCCAAGAUCGCAAGUGGAGGCAGGACACAAUCAUAAGCACAGGGUGCGUGCGCGUCACCAAGAACAGGGCAGACAUGAAGACUGUCAAGGUCAAGACCGUCACUUGAACGAGAGGGGAACCGCUGGGGAGCGAAGAAUGGCGUUUUUGGCAAGAGGGACAAGGAAG